AUGGAGCCCCGGGCAUCGCCCAGUGAUAUAAAGGAUGGGAGUGGAGUUAUCUCACGCGUUGCUGACCGCCGCAAGUUUUUAUCCACCAAAUGGAACUUUUGGAGGAAAUCCACGGCAUUUAACAGUGAACAAUCAAAUAAAGAAUCAAGAAUUCCCGAGAUCUCUACCAUCGAAAACUUUCAUAGUACAGAGCUGAAUAUGGUGAUGAAUAGGCUGAAUAUAGCGUGUGCAGAAGAUGGAGAUACGAAUAUUGGUUUAGAUGAGUUUUCGGCGCUAUUUGAUGAAGAACUAAGUUUGCAAGAAGUUAUGGAAACUUUCAAAGUUUUCGAUGUAAAUAAAGAUGGUUUCAUAGAUGCUAAUGAGUUGCAGAGAGUUAUGUGCAGCCUUGACUUAAAGGAAGGGUGUGAAUUGGAAGAAUGCAGAAGGAUGAUUAGAGCUUUUGAUAAAAAUGGCGAUGGACUCAUCGAUUUUAGUGCGUUUGUGAAAUUCAUAGAGGAAAUCUUUAGUUAA